GUUGUGCAGACGGGCUGGACGAAAGGAAGAGAGGAGAUAGCGGCGCAAAGAGGAACCUGACAGACGGUAACCUUGUUCAGGAAUUCCGAAGAGCGGCAACCGACUUCUAGCACCUUCGAAAGCGUCCAUAAGCCGCGAGUGGCAGCAGUCAGAAGCAGAGAUGUCGCAGCCGGAGAAUUUAGCAGCUGUGCUUUGUGGGCCAUGCGAUUUAAAAUUGGAAAAGCGUCCAGUCCCGGAACCUUGCCAUGGUGAGGUUCUGCUGAAGAUGCAUUCAGUUGGGAUCUGUGCCUCUGACGUCCAAUACUGGCAGCAUGGCAGAGUUGGAGAAUUUGUUAUGAAGAAGCCAAUGGUUCUGGGGCAUGAAGGUGCAGGGACUGUGAUUAAACUAGGGUCUGGAGUACAGAAUCUUAAAGUAGGUGACAGAGUUUCCAUUGAGCCUGGUGUCCCAAGAGAAAAUUGUGAGUUUUGCAAAAUUGGACGUUACAACCUCUCUCCGACAAUUUUUUUCUGUGCCACACCUCCUGAUGACGGCAAUCUUUGUCGGUACUAUGUCCAUAAUGCCAAUUACUGUUACAAGCUUCCUGAAUGUGUGAGUUUUGAAGAGGGUGCAUUGAUGGAGCCUCUGUCUGUCGCGAUCCAUGCCUGUCGUAGAGGUGGGGUAAAUGUGAGCCACAAGGUCCUCAUCUUGGGUGCGGGGCCAAUAGGACUUAUGAAUCUGCUUGUCGCCAAGUCAAUGGGAGCAUGUCCAAUUGCUGUUUGUGAUUUGAUACAAGAGCGACUAGAUAUGGCAAAGUGCUUGGGUGCCUCUGCUGUCUUUAAAGUAGAAAAGAAUACCUGCCCUCGGGACGUGGCUCAGAAGGUGAAGAAUGCUCUGUGUGGCAUGCCAGAUAUAACUAUUGAGUGUACCGGCGCAGAUCAAAGUGUUCAGACUGCUGUCUGUGCUACUAAGCCGGGAGGAGUAUUAGUUAUGGUUGGCAUGGGCUCAUCAUCUGUAAAUACCCCUAUGUUAACUGCAGUAACCCGGGAGCUGGACAUACGAGGAUCUUUCAGACACUGCAACACGUGGCCUACUGCAAUUAACAUGGUGGCCUCGCAGAGAGUAGACGUGAAGCCUUUGAUCACACAUCGCUUACCCCUGGAACAGGUCACAGAAGCGUUCGAGUUGGUGAAGAAAGGUGCAGCUCUCAAAGUGAUUAUGUUGUGCGAGGAGCAACAGAAGCAGCAGGAGGGAAAGACACUGGAACAAUGCCGACAGCAAUGUCAGCAGCUGCUAUUGCAGUGUCAACAGCAGUGCCAGCAACUGAAAAACCAGUGUGAAGAUGGCCGCUCUUGAGUGUGCUUGUGCUCUUACGUUCAAUAUGAAGUGACAACUUUAGCGCAGGCCUCGCUUGUUUUCUCCAAUUAACAACUGUCCCAAGUCUGUAAUAAACACACUGAA